AUGAUAAUUGAGAAGCGAGUCUUGCAUAGGGACCUCAGUCCCAAUAAUUUUGUUGUUCAUGACGGUAUUGGUUACUUCAUCGGUUUCGAUCAUGCCUCGAUUCUAGCGGAAGGCAUAACUAGCACCUAUUCGCAUGGUACAAGGACCAUGCCCUACAUUUCUAUUCGUAUUCUUCUGGCUAUGCUGGAUCUAGCCCCACUUGAGGUUGGUGCCAGCAUCCCAGGCCAGGAUGCUGAUCCAAACAAUGUGGACAAUCUCAAUGUGGACAACAUCAUCGACCAGGCUGCCAAUGCUCUGCAGGAUGUCAAAUUUGAUACAAAUCUAAUUGAACACCAGCCCAGCGAUGACCUAGAGUCCUUAUUUUACAUUUUCUUCAAAUUUAUUGCUAAGUAUGGGGGGCCACACGGCCAAUUGGCACCCACCUGGUCCUGGCAAACUUUGCCAUGGGCAAGCGCUUAUGAGGCUUUGGGAAAUGUGGACACCCAUUUGGCUCUGAGUACAAUCUGUUUUGCGAAGAUGGGGGUUUUAAUGCAAGGCAGAUUCUUGAAAUGGGGCACCAUGGUUUACAAUGUGAAUGCACCCCAAAAUCAAGUAGAGAUGACCCAUGCUGGAGUCCUCAACCUACUUGAUGCUACUACUAAAAGGUCUCUGACCGGGAGCACCAAUCCUACUCAGUGUUCCAUUGGUAUCAACAAGAAUGUCUAUUCAGGACGUCAGCAACCUACUUCACAAUGCCAACAUUCUGGCGCAUCUCUCCGAACAGCCCCAAGUACAGCUCAGUCUUCAGGUAGGUUUGUGUUUUGGCAGCCUACUUCAACUAGCAGUCAGAACAUCCGGAAGGCACCACGGUCCAAUGAGCGUACCCAUGAGGAGGAGACUGUAAAUCAGGCUCCAGAGCAUGAUAUCAAUGACGAUGACCAGGACCAGGACCAAACUGAUGGGGAAAAUGAGGAAAGGGAUGAGGUUCAGGACCAGGAGCAAACACUCAAAACAGGCAAUACCACAGACUUCGGACAACAUGAAGAUGAUUUGGAUGGCGAGUAUGAAGGUGAAGCUCAGGAAUAUUUAAAUCGUCGCGAUUUUGACCGUGAGCCCAAUGCUGUGGAUGAUUUUCUGGAUUGA